CUUUAAAAUUUGUCAGAAGCGCCAUUGAACAGCUGAAUAAUACCAACGUACUUAUUUGAACGAUUAAACUUCUACUAAAUUUGUUAUUAUGAGUUAUCAAGAGGAAAGUGCGACUCUUGAGGCCACUGGCGACUGUGAAGAUGCUGUGGCAUUACCAAUUUCACGUUUACAGGCCAAUGGAAUAUCUGCCGGAGAUAUUCAACGGCUUCAAGAGAAUGGAUAUUAUACUGUAGAGUCUAUUGCUUACACCCCUAAGAAGGCUCUUCUAACAAUCAAAGGUUUGUCUGAUGGCAAAGUGGAUAAAAUCAUUGCAGAAGCUAGUAAACUUGUACCAAUGGGAUUUACCACUGCUACUUCAAUAUAUGAGAAAAGAGCUGAGUUGUCCUACUUGACAACUGGCUCUAAGGCAUUGGACCAACUUCUUGGGGGUGGCAUUGAAACUGGAUCCAUCACUGAAAUCUUUGGGGAAUUCCGGACAGGAAAAACUCAGUUAUGUCAUACUUUGGCUGUGACUUGUCAAUUGCCAUUAGACAAUGGAGGUGGUGAGGGAAAAUGUAUGUACAUAGAUACUGAAGGAACUUUUCGUCCUGAUAGAUUAAUAGCAAUUGCUGAGCGCUACAAGAUGAAUCCUCAAGGUGUAUUAGACAAUGUGUCUUUUGCACAGGCAUAUAAUACUGACCAUCAGACUAGUUUGCUGAUUCAAGGUGCUGCAUUAAUGGCCGAAUCGCGUUAUAGUUUGAUCAUUGUCGACAGUGCAAUGGCUUUAUAUCGCACUGAUUUUGCCGGAAGAGGUGAACUAGCAGCAAGGCAAAUGCAUCUUGCAAAGUUCCUCAGGAUGUUGAAGAGAUUAGCUGAUGAGUAUGGAAUUGCUGUUUUGAUAACAAACCAAGUUGUUGCGCAAGUGGAUGGUGGCGCAAUGUUCCAAGCUGAUCCAAAGAAACCGAUUGGUGGUAAUAUAAUGGCGCACUCAUCUACUACCAGGUUGUAUCUGCGUAAAGGACGUGGCGAGACGCGUGUUUGUAAGAUUUAUGAUUCGCCUUGUCUGCCUGAAAGCGAGGCCAUGUUUGCAAUUCGUGCGGAAGGCAUUGGCGAUGCUCAGGAUUAAUUAAGUUGUAGGAUUUUUCAGCAAUUUUCUUGUGAAUUGGCGUCGAGAUAUGUGCAUUUGUCACGAAAAUUUUUAAUAUUGUUUGAAUUAUUAUCUGUUAAUACUUGACUAUAUGUAUAAGUUAUAACUUAUUUUCCCCAUACCGAGAAGUAUAAUUUUGAAUUUCUACUUUUAUAAAUAAAAUAUGCAUAUAAAUCUAA